AUGGCUCAAAAGGAGGACAACUCAGCCCAGCAGCAGCCCGCGCCGCGGCAGCAGCCGCAGCAGCAGCAGCAGCAGCAGCAGCAGCAGGCCGGCGGCGCGUACGGAAAAGCGUCGCAGGGGGGCGCGGCGGCCGGCGCCGCUGCGCAGCGGGCGAAGGCGAAGACGCAGGAGGAGCUGCUGCAGGAGAAGGCGCGGAAGUGGCAGCAGCUGACGACGAAGCGGUACAGCUGGCGGCAGCAGGUGGGGUGUACGUACACCGAAAAAGAGCCGAUGCCGCCGGAACACCUGCGGAAACUGGUGAAGGACCACGGAGACAUGAGCAGCAGGAAGUUCCGGCAGGACCGGCGGGUGUACCUGGGGGCGCUGAAGUUCCUGCCGCAUGCAGUCUUCAAGCUGCUGGAAAACAUGCCCAUGCCCUGGGAGCAGGCGCGGAACGUGGCGGUGCUGUACCACGCGACGGGGGCCAUAACUUUCGUAGCAGAAACCCCCUUUGUGAUAGAGCCCGUGUACCUGGCGCAGUGGGGCUCCUGCUGGAUCUUGAUGCGGCGGGAAAAGCGGGACAGAAGGCACUUCAAACGCAUGCGCUUCCCCCCCUUCGACGACGAAGAGCCGCCGCUGGACUACGGGGAGAAUGUGCUGGCGGUGGAGCCGCUGGAGGCCAUCCGGAUGGAGCUGGACGAGGAGGAGGACGCGGCGGUGGCGGAGUGGCUGUACUGCAGCAAGCCGCUGCAGCAGCAGCAGCAGCACGUGCCGGGGCCCAGCUACCGGCGCUGGCGGCUGGAGGUGCAGCAGCUGGCCGUGCUGCAGCGGCUCGCGCACCAGCUGCUCUCCGACCUGCAGGACCUCAACUACUUCUACCUCUUCAACCUGGAGGCCUUCUGCACGGCCAAGGCCCUCAACCUCGCCAUCCCGGGGGGCCCCAAGUUCGAGCCCCUCUUCAGGGACUCCCAGGAGGAGGAGGAGGACUGGAACGAGUUCAACGACGUCUCCAAAAUCAUCAUUCGCCAGCAAAUCCGCACGGAGUACAGAGUCGCCUUCCCCCACCUCUACAACAACAGGCCCCGCUCCGUCGCCCUCCCGCCCUACCACUCCCCCGCGGUUUCUUUCGUCAAGCCCGAAGACCCGGAGCUUCCCGCCUUCUACUUCGACCCCAUCAUCAACCCCCUCCCCGCCUACAAGACCAACAAGGACUUCGACGCGCUCGCGGACCCGUCGGUGGUGGAGGGCUUCGAGCUCCCGCGGUGCGUGCGGGCCUUUCUGGAGGAGAGCCCGCUCUGUACAGACACCACGGCGGCGGGGAUCUCUCUCUACUGGGCCUGCAGGCCCUUCAACUUGAGGGCGGGGCGCAUGCGAAGGGCCCAGGAUGUUCCUUUAGUUCAAACUUGGUUUCGAGAACACGCGCCGCAAAACUACCCCGUGAAGGUGCGGGUUUCUUACCAGAAACUGCUCAAGUGCUGGGUGCUGUGCCACCUGCACUCGCGCCCGCCCAAGUCGCUGAAGAAAAGAAACCUCUUCCGCGUCUUCAAAACCACCAAGUUCUUCCAAGUCACCGAAAUUGACUGGGUCGAGGCCGGGCUGCAGGUCGCGCGCCAGGGAUACAACAUGCUCAACCUCCUCAUCCACCGCAAAAACCUCAACUACCUCCACCUCGACUACAACUUUAACCUCAAGCCCGUCAAAACCCUCACCACCAAGGAACGCAAAAAGUCCCGGUUCGGAAACGCCUUCCACCUCUGCAGGGAAAUCCUCCGCCUCACCAAACUCACCGUCGACUCCCACGUCCAGUUCCGUCUCGGCAACGUCGACGCCUUCCAGCUCGCCGACGGACUCCAGUACAUCUUCGCCCACGUCGGACAGCUCACGGGGAUGUACCGGUACAAGUACCGGCUGAUGCGGCAAGUGCGGAUGUGCAAGGACCUGAAGCACCUGAUAUACUACCGGUUCAACACGGGGCCGGUGGGGAAGGGCCCCGGGUGCGGGUUCUGGGCACCCGGGUGGCGCGUGUGGCUCUUCUUCCUGCGCGGAGUGCUGCCGCUGCUGGAGCGGUGGCUGGGAAACUUGCUGGCGCGGCAGUUCGAGGGGCGCGUGUCGAAGGGCACGGCCAAGACGGUCACGAAGCAGCGCGUGGAGUCCCACUUCGACCUUGAACUCCGCGCCGCAGUCAUGCACGACAUCCUCGAUCUCAUGCCCGAGGGAGUCAAGGCUUCGAAAGCAAGAACUAUUCUGCAGCACCUUUCCGAGGCCUGGCGCUGCUGGAAGGCCAACAUCCCCUGGAAGGUCCCCGGGCUCCCUGCGCCCAUCGAAAACAUGAUCCUCAGGUACGUGAAGAUGAAGGCGGACUGGUGGACGAACGCGGCGUACUACAACCGCGAGCGAAUCCGGCGGGGCGCGACGGUGGACAAAACAGUUUGCAGAAAGAACUUGGGGCGGCUGACGCGGCUGUGGCUGAAGGCGGAGCAGGAGCGGCAGCACGCGUACCUGAAGGACGGCCCGUACUUGAGCGGCGAGGAGGCGGUGGCGAUCUACACGACUGCGGUGCACUGGCUGGAGUCCCGGAGGUUCACGCACAUUCCAUUUCCGCCUCUGAACUACAAACACGACACCAAGCUGCUGGUGCUCGCGCUCGAGAGGCUCAAGGAGUUCUACUCCGUGAAGAGCCGGCUCAACCAGAGCCAGCGCGAGGAGCUGGGGCUGAUCGAGCAGGCCUACGACAACCCCCACGAGGCUUUGUCGCGGAUCAAAAGGCACUUGCUGACGCAGCGAGCCUUCAAGGAACUGCGCCUCGAGUUCAUGGACCUCUACUCCCACCUGGUCCCGAUCUACGAGAUCGACCCUCUCGAGAAGAUCACAGACGCGUACCUGGACCAGUACCUUUGGUACGAGGGCGACUCGCGGCAUUUGUUUCCCUCUUGGGUCAAACCCGCAGACGCAGAGCCCCCUCCGCUGCUGGUGUUCAAGUUCUGCCAGGGCAUCAACAACCUCACUGACGUCUGGAACACCGCGGACGGCGAAACCCUCGUGCUCCUCGAAAGCAAGUUCGAAAAGGUGUACGAGAAGGUGGACCUGACGCUGCUGAACCGGCUGCUGCGGCUGAUCGUGGACCACAACAUCGCGGACUACAUAACGGCGAAGAACAACGUGGGCGUGAGCUUCAAAGACAUGUCGCACGUGAACUCCUUCGGACUCAUCCGCGGCCUCCAGUUCUCCUCCUUCGUCUUCCAGUACUACGCCCUCGUCCUCGACUUGCUGCUGCUGGGCCUCACCCGCGCCACCGAGAUCGCGGGCCCCCCGGCGCUCCCGAACGAGUUUCUUUCCUUCCCAGACGUCCAGACCGAGACCCGCCACCCCAUCCGCCUCUACUGCAGGUACAUUGACCGGUUUUGGGUGGUGUUCAAAUUCACAAAAGAAGAAAGUCGAGAUUUAGUCCAAAGAUAUCUGACGGAGAACCCGGACCCCAACAACGAAAACGUCGUGGGAUAUCCCAACAAGACUUGCUGGCCCAGGGACUGCAGAAUGCGCAGGAUGAAGCGGGACGUGAAUCUGGGUCGGGCAGUGUUUUGGGAAAUGGCGAACCGGCUGCCGCGGUCUUUGGCAACGCUGAACUGGACUUCUUCUUUCGCGUCAGUGUACUCCGUAGACAAUCCGAACUUGCUGUUCAGCAUGGGGGGCUUUGAGUGUCGGAUUUUGCCGAAAGUGCGGCUACAGACGGAGCAGUUUCUGCAGCGGGAGGGGGUCUGGAAGCUGCAAAACGAGUCCACGAAAGAAAUGGCGGCGCAGGCCUUCCUGAAAGUCGGAGAAGACGGCAUGCGGAGGUUCGAAAACAGAGUCCGCAUGGUCUUGAUGUCCAGCGGGGCCACGACGUUCACGAAGAUCGCGAACAAGUGGAACACCACUUUGAUAUCGCUGAUGACUUACUUCCGGGAGGCGGUGGUGCACACGGAGGCGCUGCUGGACUUGCUGGUGAAGUGCGAAAACAAAAUCCAAACGCGCAUCAAAAUCGGACUCAACUCCAAAAUGCCUUCCCGCUUCCCCCCCGUGGUCUUCUACACGCCCAAGGAGCUGGGGGGGCUGGGCAUGCUGUCCAUGGGGCACAUUUUGAUUCCCCAGUCCGACUUGAGGUACAGUCAGCAGACAGAGUCGGGGAUAACGCACUUCAGGUCGGGGAUGUCUCACGAGGAAGACCAGCUCAUUCCCAACUUGUACAGAUACUUGCAAACGUGGGAAAGCGAGUUCGUUGAGUCGCAGCGCGUGUGGGCUGAGUACGCGUUGAAACGCGCGGAAGCUGCUGCGCAAAGUCGCAGAUUGACUCUGGAGGAUCUCGAAGACAGCUGGGAUCGCGGGAUCCCGAGGAUCAACACUUUGUUUCAGAAAGAUCGCCACACGCUCGCCUACGACAAGGGCUGGCGAGUCCGCGAGGACUUCCGCCAGUUCCAGCAGCUCAAAGCCCACCCCUUCUGGUGGACUCAUCAGAGGCACGACGGCAAACUCUGGAACUUGAACAAUUACCGCACUGACAUGAUCCAGGCCCUCGGGGGAGUCGAAGGCAUCCUCGAACACACCCUCUUCAAGGGCACCUACUUCCCCACCUGGGAGGGGCUCUUCUGGGAAAAGGCCUCCGGAUUCGAGGAGAGCAUGAAGUACAAGAAAUUGACCAACGCGCAAAGAUCCGGAUUAAACCAAAUCCCUAAUAGGCGGUUCACGCUUUGGUGGUCCCCCACAAUCAACAGGGCCAACGUCUACGUCGGGUUCCAGGUGCAACUGGACUUGACGGGCAUUUUCAUGCACGGGAAGAUUCCGACUUUGAAGAUAUCUUUGAUUCAAAUCUUCAGAGCUCACUUGUGGCAAAAAGUCCACGAGUCAAUUGUAAUGGACUUGUGCCAA